GUUUCAGAACGACUAGCAGUAACUCAGGCAGUGUAGUUUAUAAACAAGGGCCUACUCUUUUAUCGGCGUUUCGGUCGUUAUUAUUUACUUAAUAGAUCUGACGAAAUCUCGUCUAAAUUCCUCUGAGUUCCGGCUGAAUGGCUGAAGCCUCAGUUACAGACACAUCAAAGUUGAAUCCAGAGUCUGCAGAGUUUGUUCCAAAAGCUAAACUCAACCAGCCCGACUCUAGAAGUUACAGACAGUCAAACCACAAUCAGGACUGGAGGGCGAAUCAUGUUAGGCCUCACCAUCACCUUAGACAAUCCAAUGCAACUAAUCAUGGCGGCAAUGAGUUUGAAAACCCUACUGAUAAUGCAUUACCUCCUCCUGAACCUGCCUUCAGAGGAGGCUUAAGAGGCAGAGGAGGAAGACCAAGAGGAGGACGAGGUAAUGGUGAUAAUGACCGUCGACCUCAGACCCAGAGAUGGAUAAAACCAGGCAGUGAUCGUGGUCCUAGUGGUCAUGAUCGACCCAAUACACCCACUUCUAUUAGAUCGACAGAUGAGGAGAAUAAGGAAAGAGCAACCUUAGAAGUCGAUGUAAGAGAGCCUUAUCGAGACAACCGAUGGAAGAAACCCAAUAAAACAAGAGCUGAGAGGUUGAUGAAAGAGCCUAUGUCCAGAGACCAAGAGGAAAACCUAGAAAACCAGGCUGCAGGAAGAGACGCAAAGCCUGUAGCAGUUUAUGAACACCCUGAGCAGAGGAACCAUAAGGCAUGGAGGGGUGGAGACCACCGUAUGCAGCCCAAUUUCCGGAGGAAAGGACCAGGCCCUAGCCAUGGAAUUGAGGGUAACUGGAGAGAGAGGGAACCUGUUCAGAUGAGAGAGGACGAGAGGAGAGGGGCUGAAGAUGAGAAUGGAAGAUCCGAGGAGGCCAACAGGAAUAGAAAGGGAAUGAGGGGAAAACACCCAACGCUUCAGAAUCCAGGGCCCAAGAGAGGUGGAGGUCCUGAGCGAAGAACAGGACCAGUCAAACGCAUAGAACCUCCCAAAAGCAAAGAAACACAGACAGGUUGUCUUAUUGAGCAGCUGACAGAGGAAAAGUACGAGUGUAUGGUCUGUUGUGAAGUGAUUCGGGUCAUGGCUCCGGUUUGGAGCUGUCAAAGCUGUUUCCAUGUAUUCCAUCUUAACUGCAUCAAGAAAUGGGCCCGCUCGCCUGCAUCUCAAGCUGAUGGUGAUAGCAGUGAAGGUUGGCGAUGUCCUGCAUGCCAGCACGUGGCACUGAAAACUCCAAAUUCAUAUACAUGCUUCUGUGGGAAGGUGAGCAAUCCUGAGUUCCAGCGUACUGAGAUCCCUCAUAGCUGUGGCGAUAUGUGUGGCAAAAAGAGAAGUGGAGGAGAAUGCAAUCACCCCUGUAACAUCUUGUGCCAUCCUGGGCCCUGCCCACAAUGUCCGGCUUUUAUCACCAAGUCCUGUGUUUGUGGAAAAAUGAGUAAACAGGUGCGUUGUAGUCAGACAGGACCUCUGCUUUGUGAGGAAGUUUGUGGGACUCUUCUGAACUGCUCGCAGCACUCCUGUGCACAGGUGUGCCAUUCAGGGCCAUGCCAACCCUGCCAACUUCGUGUCCAGCAAGUCUGCUUCUGUGGUGUGGUGUUCAGAGAGGUGGCAUGUGGCACUGAUUCUAAGAAGUUUGAUGGAUCAGGAUAUUUCUCCUGUUGCAAGCCUUGUGGAAAAAUGCUAGACUGCCAGUCCCAUCGCUGUCAGCAGUCAUGCCACCCUGGGCAGUGCCAGCCAUGCCCUCUCAGCCCCAAGCUGGUGCGCAGUUGUUCAUGUGGACAGACUCCCCUCUCUAAGCUUCUAGAUCUCGGCUACCCUGAGAGAAAGACCUGCAUUGACCCGAUCCCUUCAUGUGGCAAGACCUGUAACAAGCCUCUGCCAUGUGGAGAUGCAGAUUCUGUCCACUUGUGUGAAAAGCUCUGCCAUGAGGACAGCUGUGGGCCCUGCUCUUUGACCUCCUCUAUUAAAUGCAGAUGUGGCAGCAACACCAAGGAAGUUCCUUGUGCAGCGAUUCAGACUGAAGAAGACAUGGUGUUUACCUGUGAGAAACGCUGCACCAAGAAGCGCUCAUGCGGCAGGCACAAGUGUGGAGAGCUGUGUUGUGUGGAUAUGGAGCACAAGUGCUCAAUGAUUUGUGGUUACAAGCUCAGCUGUGGUCUACAUCGAUGUCAGGACCUUUGCCACCGUGGGAACUGCCAGCCUUGUUGGCAAACAAGUUUUGAUGAGUUGACCUGCUACUGUGGGGAGACUGUGCUCUUCCCGCCCAUCUCUUGUGGCACCAGGCCUCCUGAAUGUAAAAACGUAUGUACCCGGGAUCAUGAUUGUGAUCACCCAGUGUUUCAUUCAUGCCAUAAUGAGGAGAAAUGUCCUCCCUGUACCUACCUCACCAAAAAGUGGUGCAUGGGUAAUCAUGAGCAAAGGAGUAAUAUCCCAUGCCACCUGCAGGACAUCUCAUGUGGUCUAGUGUGUGAAAAGCUCUUACCCUGUGGUUCUCAUCGCUGUAAGAGGAUCUGUCACCGUGGGGAAUGUCAGUCAGAGGGAGAAUGCAAACAGCCUUGCACCCAGCCUAGACCUGGCUGUGGGCACCCGUGUGGUGCUCCCUGCCACCCGGGCAGCCCCUGCAUACCCACUGUCUGCAGUGCCAAGGUGGCACUGCAGUGUGACUGCGGCCGCAAGAAAGAAACUGUUCCCUGUGCUGAUGCAGCCAGUUCCUACCAAAGAUAUGCUGCUAUUUCCGUGGCCAGUAAGCUGUCAGAUAUGCAGCUGGGGGAGUCUGUUGACAUUGGACAACUCACAAAGAAAGAGCAGAAAAAGGCCAGAUUGGAGUGCGAUCAAGAGUGUGCCACCCUGGAAAGGAACAGGCGGCUUGCUGAGGCCCUGCAGAUAGAUCCCUCAGUGGAUCCCUUCAAGUCAACAUCUUCCAAAUAUACUGACUCACUCAAAGAGGAUGCAAGGAAAGAUUUCAAGUUUGUCAGUGAAAUCGAGGAAGAGAUUAAGAAUUUGGUUAAACUUGCUAAUAAGGGUAAACAACCUAAGAGGAGUCACUGUUUUCCACCUAUGAAGCGUGACCACAGGAGAAUUAUCCAUGAGCUGGCCGAGGUGUACGGCGUGGAAAGCGUCAGCUAUGAUAAUGAACCCAAGCGCAAUGUGGUAGUCACUGCCAUCAGGGGGAAAUCUGCAUGUCCUAACACUAGCCUGACUGCUUUGAUUUCAAGGGAAAGCUUUACCAGAGCCCCUCCUCCCAUUGCCCACAUCAAACAACACAACAGCAAGACUGACAAUGGUAACUCGUGGAUGAAAACCUCUAAAGAAGAGCCCUCAAUUGAUUAUUUUGAUGUGCAGGAUUGAAAAAAAAUUCAUAUAGUCACUGUAAUGAUCACCCAAAAUAAAUCUGUCUGAAAACUUUCACUAUAGCAUAACAUUUCUCAACACAAGUUGUUUACCAAAGAGCAUUUAGAAGUUAAAUUAGUUUGGUUUCUUUGCACAUACUAUAUAUAAAUGUGUAACGCUGGAUGUGUUUGUAAACUAAAACUACAAUUUAACUUAAUCUGUGAACUGAAAGUUAACAACUAAUACGAAUGUUAGAAGUGGAUGGAUGCUAACAUUGUAAAGCUGAACAUAGGCAUCAAACAGGUCACUGGUAAGAAUGUAAUUUUACCUUGCCUUGUUAAGAAGGUGGAAAUAAAGGAACAAAUGUGUGCAUCAGCUGUAAUGAAUACUUCUGGAAGCAUAAGUUGCUACA